AUACCUGCCUAUUAGUAUUAUAAUCAUAUUAACACUACAAACACAAUUUACCUGAGAGCGAGCAAUACCGUAAAACCUUGAAUAGAAGCCCAAUGGGCUUAAUCUCGAGAAGAAGCCCAUAUCGAAUAAAGCCCUCCCCCCUAUUUACUUAGCAAAAGUAACCUCGAAGAGAAGCCCAUCCCGAUGCUGUACAUGAAUUUCAAAAAAACAAAAUAUAUUAAAAACACCCUUGGUUUUUAGGUGAUUUAAUGCUGGUUAAUACAUUCCAUGAUACAGACUGGUGUUACAGUGGCCUUAUUUAUUGUUUUAUAGUAGUAAUUCCCAAUUUUACAGCAUUAAUUUUGUAAAAAAGCCCCUCUGUUCUUUGCAAAGUAGCCUUGAAGAGAAGCCCAUCCAAAGUUCGCAAAGAAAGAAGCCCAGGGAUUCUAUUUGAGGUUUUAUGGUAUUUGUAUACAAUAUGUAGUGUAGACUACAGUAGGUCCAAGUAUAUAAUUCAUUGACAUUUUAGUCAAGACAAUACUGUAUAGAGCUUUAUAAAAUUACAGAGUUGUACCAGUUUCAAAUUUAUUUCCUUUAUUUUUUACAUGACAUACCACAAAAAAGGUCUUUGGACUUCUAAAGAAGCCAAUGAUUCUAUAAAGCAGCAAGCCAGAAGUUUCAAUAAAUAAAAUUAAAAAGAAUAAAGAAAAAAAUAUCACUUUACAAUGCAAUACAAAGUUAAAUAUUGAAUUGACCAUAAAGGUUAUGCUUUGAAUGUAUAUAAAAAAAAUUAAGAGUGCAAGUAAUGACAAUAUCUUUUCAUGUUUUAGGGCAAUGGUAUGGGCAUAUAGGUGGUGAGAAGAGUUACUUUUUUAUGUUAUCGAUUACACUAUAGAUGUUAUGCUUGUACACAAAUAGGUUAAAAGAAAUACGUCUUUGUUGAAGUGAUAGCCAACCAAGUUUCUACAACCUUGCUUCAUAUGGCAUAAUCUCAACCUAUUUUAAAAAAUCUUUGAGAUGCCCUCCUUCGAACUUGUUUAAUUGUAAACAAAUUACAUAUUCUGAUUGGAUGUUAUUGUAUGUAUGGAUUGCAUUAGAACAGUAAUAUCCAAUCAGUUAUGGGUAUAUAUUUUUAUCCGACCGACUUUGAUUUGAAAUUGUUAUUGUGCUUGGGAAUAUUUAAUUCCCUUUUUGCGUUCCAUAGACUUGCACUGUUGACAUUUUUCAAAAACAGCGCCGCCACAUGCGCCACAAAUUAAGCAACUCUGCUUCACACACAGUGAAGAGGUUUGAUUAGGGCUAAUUUUCAAAGUUUAAACUAUCAAUUUUUACAAAAUGAUUAAGAGAGGACCUACACGGAUUGAACCAAGGCUAGAAGAUAUCGAUGAAUUUGAACGCUUAAAGAAAGAACUCGAAAACAAACGGCGAGAAAAGAACCAAACUCCGCAGCCUAGCAAUACCGACCAAUCCACCUCCUCUCCCGCACAGGAUACUGCCAUGGAGGGCUUGCCGUUAGGCCUAGCAGUAGAUGCUAAACAAAAGCAGGAAGAGAUACACAGGCGUAUUGGUUAUGAUCCAACUCCAGUCCAGACAGCAUCUAACAGAAUAGGAGAACUUAGAGAUGGUGUAUGAUUACAUUAUUUCGAUUCAAAUACAGUAUUCUCAAGCUAGACUAGUUUGGCGGACUCCUUCCUCUCUAGCUAUAAUCUAUGGAUGCUAGGCCUAGGUUUGGCAGCAGUUAAACCUACAGCAGAGGCAGGAAGGGGAUACAUAUAUUCCUGGCAGUGUUGAGGAAAGCCUUUCAUUGCUAUAUGGCACAACUUUGAGCUAGUCUAAGCCAUAGGAUGGUACAUAACAAUCUGCUGCAUGCGAUACUUUGCAGUUUCACAUAUAGUUCACUGUUUUGGGAUGCUUUUUAUCCAGCUUUUUCAAACUGAUUAAGUCGUUGAAAAGUGCCUGUUUCUAUCAACUAAAAAAUAGCUCCUUGGAUUAAAGGCUUGACUGCAAAUUUAUCUCAGAAAAUUGUCAAGUACAGCAUGACAGAAGACUACAUACAAGGAAUACAAACUAUAUCAAUACUUUUCCAUCAUCUAAGGACAGUGAAGUUACGGUGUGUUUAUUUGAAAUGUUGUCAUUUUUGUAUGAAUAUGCAUUAAAAUCCAGAACAUAUUUGAGCUCUGCCUUUUCUAGAAAUUCUUGGAUCAAGGAAGAUUCUGUAUUAAAACAAACUUUUUGUAAAAAACUAUUACUGUAAUAUUAUUAAUAUGUCAAUAAGAUGAAAAUAAAAAUAAAAUGAGGCUUA